UGACCCGCGUCCCGGACGCCAACGGCGGCGGCGGCGGCGGAGGCGACCGGGUCGCGGCGCCACCAUGGCGGUGCGACAGGCGCUGGGCCGCGGCCUGCAGCUGGGCCGGGCGAUGCUGCUGCGCUUCGCCGCCAAGCCCUGCCCGGUCUACGGCUGGAAGCGGCCCGAGCGGCCGUUCCCCGUGGCGGUGUGGGGCCGCGGGGAGCGUCCGGCGGGCCGGGCGGCGGGGCGAGGCUCCGGGCCGCGCGGCCUGCGGCUCGGCCUCCCCGACCGCUACCGCUUCUUCCGCCAGUCGGUGGCCGGGCUGGCGGCGCGGCUGCAGCGCCAGUUCCUGGUGCGCGCCCGGGGCGGCGCGGGCCCCUGCGGACGGGCUGUCUUCCUGGCCUUCGGGCUCGGCCUCGGCCUCAUCGAGGAGAGGCAGGCGGAGGGCCGGCGGGCGGCCUCGGCCUGUCAGGAGAUCCAGGAAAUUUUCACCCAGAAAAGCAAACUGCUGCCUGACCCUCUGGACACGCGCCGCUGGCAGGGCUUCCGGCUGGAGGAGUACCUGAUUGGGCAGUCCAUUGGCAAGGGCUGCAGCGCUGCUGUGUAUGAAGCCACCGUGCCCGUGUUGCCCCGGGCCCCGGGAGUGGCAAAGGGCACGAAGCUUUUUCCGGGCAAGGGCCCAGACGUGGUUCCGCAAGAAGAGGCAGAGAGAACCCCGGCAGCCCCUGCCUUCCCCUUGGCCAUCAAGAUGAUGUGGAACCUCUCGGCUGGCUCUUCCAGCGAGGCCAUUUUUAGCACCAUGAGCCAGGAGCUGGUCCCAGCUAGUCGAGUGGCCUUGGCCGGAGAGUAUGGAGCAGUCACAUUCAGAAAAUCAAAGGGAGGCCGAAAGCAACUGAGCCCUCACCCCAACGUCAUCCGUGUCUUCCGCGCCUUCACCUCCUCGGUCCCACUGCUGCCAGGCGCCCUGGUCGACUACCCUGAUGUGCUGCCCCCACGCCUUCACCCCGAAGGCCUGGGCCAUGGGCGGACUCUCUUCCUGGUGAUGAAGAACUACCCCUGUACCCUGCGCCAGUACCUCCGAGAGAACACCCCCAGCCCCCGCCUCGCAACUGUGAUGACACUGCAGCUCUUAGAAGGCGUUGACCACCUGGUUCAGCAGGGCGUUGCACACAGGGACUUAAAAUCUGACAACAUUCUUGUGGAGUUGGAUGCAGACGGCUGCCCUUGGCUGGUGAUCACAGACUUUGGUUGUUGCCUGGCUGACGAGCGAGUUGGCCUGCAGCUGCCCUUCACCAGCUGGUAUGUGGAUCGAGGCGGAAACGGCUGCCUGAUGGCUCCUGAGGUGUCCACGGCCUGCCCUGGCCCCAAGGCGGUGAUUGACUACAGCAAGGCCGAUGCCUGGGCAGUGGGAGCACUCGCCUACGAGAUCUUCGGACUCUCCAAUCCCUUCUACGGCCAGGGCAAGGCCCACCUUGAAAGCCGCAGUUACCAAGAAGCUCAGCUGCCUUCGCUGCCGGAGUCGGCGCCUCUGGAAGUUAGACAGUUGGUCCGGUCCCUGCUCCAGCGAGAGGCCAGCAAGAGACCAUCUGCCCGAGUCGCUGCCAAUGUGCUUCACUUAAGUCUCUGGGGUGAUCACACUCUAGCCCUGAAGAGUCUAAAACUAGACAAGAUGAUUGGCUGGCUCCUUCAGCAGUCGGCUGCCACUCUGUUGGCCGACAGACUGACAGAGAAGAGCUGUGUGGAAACGAAGAUGAAGAUGCUGUUUCUAGCCAACCUGGAGUAUGAAACGCUGUGCCAGGCCGCCCUCCUCCUCUACUCCUGGAGGGCAGCGCUGUGAUCCUCGCCGCUCACAGAAUCACUAAAAGAACUUAGAAGCAUCCGUGUGAUGGUGUGUGAAUGCUGAGGGAAGGGCUCCGAGGUGUUAGGGCGGGAGGCAGGAGAAAAGACAGGGUGGAAAGGCUACUCAGCCUACAAGAAGGCCUCAGGUCUGGCCAGUGGCAGGAACAAAGCUCCUGAUCUGUAACUACUAACUCAGCCACAACUUUGGAUGCGUUGCAGAAGCUGUGCGGACCAAAUUUACACAAAAAUCUACGUAUAAAGAAACCGGUCUAGAUAUUUGCUGGCAAACUUACUUCUGUAGAUACCGGAUCAUAAAUACUUUAGGUUGUCACUGCUACCCCACACUGUCUCUGUAGCAUAAAAAGAGACAGAUCUGUACAAAAGAACAGGUGUGGCUAGGUGCAGAGGCAGCUUUUUUAACGGAUGCUGAAAUUUUAAUCUCAUGCAUCACUAAACAGCCUUUUAAUUUCUCCAUUACUUGGAAACAAAAACCAUGUUUAGCCUGCAGGCAGCCCAGAAAAGGGCAGCAGGCCAAACUGUCCUGUAGCCAUAGUUUAUAUCCCUAGUACAGAUGAAGGAAUUCAGAGGGUCUCUUUAAAAAUAGGGCCGGCAUGAUAGCUCAAGUGAUAGGGCACACGCCUAGCAUGGACAGGACCGAAGUUCAACCAACAGUCCCACAUAGCUGCCUCCAACAUCAUUGGGGAAGGCCCUGGUGGCCCCCAGUAUCACUGGGUGUGGCCCUGGUGACCCCCAAGCAUCACUGGCUCAAGAAGCCAAACUUUGGGCAGUGGCUAUGGACCCUUGGACUGCCAAGUAUGGCCCCAAUAAAAAUAAACACAAGGGCCAGAGCAAUAUUACAGGACAUGUUGCCAGCCCCGGUUCAAUCCCUGGCACCACAUGGUCCCAGAGCAUAUCUGGAUUCAGUCCUGGAAGCCCCCCUGAGCAUUAGUGGGUGUGGCCCUGAAGGCCCCCAAGCACCACAGGGGUGGCCAAAUAAUUCCUAGGCACCACAGGACCUGAGCAACUCCGCAUCCUUGGGCCCUUGCAUUAAACCACAAGCCCAGCUUGGAUGGCAAGAAUCUGUACCAAGAGGAGCCCCCCGUAUAUAAGAAACAACUAAUCAGGCCCCUUUGUAUAUCUAUAUUGUAAAUGUGGUCAGAUCUCUAUUCACAUCCAAAGACGAGUUCUCUGCACCAGCGAGACACUCAGAUGUUCACUGCAACCAAGAAGCCCUGUCCUGACUUCACAGAGCUCUGAGGGCUCAUGGCCAAGCUGGGCAAUAAGGUAAUGGACUGAGGAGAGUUAAGACUUCAGACCAAGGCAUGGCAAUGUGACAUCUGUCCCUCUAGGAAUGGACGGUGGCUCCUUUAAAAGAGGGGGCCAUGACGUGUUUGCCUGUAGGCUAGCUAAAAUGAACACUGGCACAGGUCAGCAAGUUCAGUGAGGAAGGUCAGCACCAGAAGAAGCAUGCCUCCAAGUAGGGCAGAGUAGGGCACCUUCUUUCAUGCAUCUGGACUGUCUGAGGGGGUGGGAGGAAGCACUUCUAUAGCCUCCUCCAGCUACUGAAAUGACCAGCAGGAUAAACUGAUGAAAUUAACAGGGUUGUGUUUUAAACUUGUUCGUUUCCUUCUAGCAUUUCUUGCAGAAAUAAAAUGCAAAUUUUAACAGAC